CUAGUUAAAUACAUUAAACAUAUAUAUAUAUAUGUAACAAUCAACCGUGGUUUCAGACGAGGGAGCUAGGAUUCGCAUUACAGUGGGUACACUCGGUUUACUCCGGUGCAGCAGCCACAUAUAUGCUCCGUAUUGAAACACGUGAGCAGUCAAACCAUAUCAUGAAAAUAAUAUAUUUCUUACAAACCAUUUUACCGCAUACUUAUGACGUUAUUCAGUGGUUACUUGUAGCUGUUUUUGCGAUGGUGGGCACACUGUAAAUUGCAUGUAAUGUAAUCCACAUUCCUAGACAUCAAACUAGCGCUGGAGUCAGAGUAGUUUUAUCGAGUGCACUCUCAGAAUUUGUGAUGAGGCGGGAAAUGGCGUCCAAAGAGCCCGUCGAUGGUCUGUGGUUCUGAACACAGCUGGCAGCGUUAACGACGGCCAGACUUCUCUCUCUCUCGGUGGCCGCCCUGUUGCGGCUACCAGUGUGGACAGGCAAGCGGCAAGUUUGGUUACGAAUUUAUUGGACCGUCGUUGUAAUAUAUAUUGCCCUGUCUGCUUGCUGUGCUGCCACACCAGUCUUCCAUGUAACGUGUAGGAUGAUGAGGUUGAGAGUGCGGAAAGCUUCUCAGCAGCCCAGCACUAAACCUGGUCCCAAAUCCAGCCCCGGCCGUCCAGCCUCAGCCCCACGCCCAGCCCAGGCCAAGAGGAAACACUGUGAGGUGGAGACCACUGCCGCGACCAGGAGAGGCCCCAGAAUGCAGAAGAAUGAGACAGGCCUGUUUUCCACCAUCAAGAAGUUCAUCAGGGGAAAUGCUGUCAAGAUGGAGCAUGACAUCCCAGCUAAGAGGAGUCGUAUUGAUUGUAAAGUGGACAGCAGCAACCUGAUCACGUCUUCUCCUCAUCCUCCUAACAAAGCUAUCCCCGGGGGCUGCAGGAGAAGGGCUAACAAACCUGAUCCAAUGACGUUGAACAGUAAGCCCCUGAAGCCCAAUGGAAAACUGGAAGUCCCCGUGGAGGUAGCCAUCAGCCCUCCUCGCACUACUCUCCUGGGGACCAUCUUCUCACCAGUCUUCAACUUCUUCUCACCUGCAACCAAGACGGCCACUCUUGGGUCUGACUCACCUGGGCAGGUGCUGGAGGCUGAGGAGAUUGUGAAGCAGCUGGAGGUGGAGGAAAUGUCCACCAGUACCCCCACAUCUACAGAAGGCAUCGUCCUGUCUCCUGUUGCCCCAGCUCCAGUACCACCACCGGCUCCCCUGGCUACACCAGAACCACCUGUCGAGGAAGGGGAGAUGGUUACAGAAACAGAUAUGCCCCCUCUAACAGCUCCGGGAUGCACCCCAGUCAGCUGUUACUCCCACGCUCCUCCCACGGCCCCUGCAGACGGCACCUACGAGGAGGACUGGGAAGUCUUUGAUCCGUACUUCUUCAUCAAGCAUGUGCCUCCGUUGACUGAGGAGCAGAUAGCCAGGAAACCAGCACUGCCUCUCAAAACACGCAGCACACCAGAGUUCUCCCUGGUCCUAGAUUUAGACGAGACGUUGGUGCACUGUAGUCUGAAUGAGUUGGAGGACGCAGCCCUGACCUUCCCUGUCCUGUUCCAAGAUGUAAUCUACCAGGUGUAUGUGCGGUUGAGGCCGUUCUUCAGAGAGUUCCUGGAGCGCAUGUCUCAAAUUUACGAGAUCAUUCUGUUCACUGCCUCUAAGAAGGUGUAUGCAGACAAGUUACUGAACAUCCUGGACCCCAAGAAACAGUUGGUCAGGCAUCGGUUGUUUCGUGAGCACUGUGUGUGUGUUCAAGGAAACUACAUCAAGGACCUAAACAUUCUUGGAAGAGAUCUGUCAAAAACCAUAAUAAUCGACAAUUCACCUCAAGCCUUCGCCUAUCAGCUUUCCAAUGGGAUUCCCAUCGAGAGCUGGUUCAUGGACAGGAAUGAUAACGAGCUCCUCAAGCUGGUUCCUUUCCUGGAGAAGCUAGUGGAGAUGAAUGAGGACGUAAGGCCUUACGUCAGAGACCGGUUUCGUCUUCACGAUCUCCUUCCUCCAGACUGAUUUGUGAUUGGUUGACCCAGCAGGCUAACCCAUAGAAAUAUAGAAUCUAUAUUUAUAUUAGAAUGUUCGUUCUAAUUCUAUGGACUAGUCCCUGCAGUACAUGGAGAGGGAUGCCUUCCUUUCAACACAGCGGAGAUGAGGAGAAUCACGUUUAACUGACUCAAAUGAGGAUGUUGUUUUAUAUGGAUCUCUGUCUACAACUACGUUUUCAUUACCGAUUAACAUUUUCAUGAAAAUACCAACAACAAAACGCCAUUGCAGAGGAUUUUCUUGUUACAGAAAACAACAAAACACCAAUCUUUAUAAUUCCUGAAGCUAUGUACAGUUUGAGUAUUUGUAUAUGUUUUGUAUUCUCGAACUAAACUGUUAUACUCAAACUAAACUGUAUCCCCAGACUAGAGCAAUCCCCUUGUAUUGUAAAAGGCUUCUGCCUAGACGGACGUCUUGUUUAUUCUUGAAAGUAGGGCCGUGUUUGUUAGGGCACAAACGUUUUGCAACUAAGGAAAAUAAAACGUUUCUGAUUGGACAAGUCCAGGCAGAACCUCUCCAAUUUGGACCGUUUUCUUCGGUUUGGUGCCUAAAUGAACAGGACCGUGGCGACUUUCUGGGAGAUAUUUCUCAUCUGCAGCUACAAUUUUGGACUGACUGAACUGAAUGUCAUGCAGUAUUUGAGUGUGAGGACCUGACUGCUCCAGACUCAUUUGAACAGGAAUGGGCAGUCAAACCUGUAUAAUAUACACACUCGAUUACAUGUGUAUAUAUGACGGAUAUAUUUUUUUUUUUACUUUUCACUGUGCUUCUGAUGUUAGUAUGCAUUCCUCUUUUAACUGACUGCUUCUUUUACAUAUUUUUUUUAAACCUUUGGGGGGGGGAUAAGUGAUUUUUCUGUUGUCUGCCUGCAAAUUUUGCAUCCCAAAAGGCAACCUAUUCCUUAUAUAGUGCACUGUUUGACCACAGCCCUAUGGGACCUAUUCCCUAUAUAGUGCACUAUACACUAGAAUAGGGUGUAAUUUGGUAUGCAUGCUUAUUUCCUAGUCUGCUUUUUAGUCCCAUUUUUUUUUAAGUGCAGUUUAUGUGGUCUCUAACAAUGUGCGGGUUUUAAACUAUCUUUUAGGAGGAAAUGUUUAUGAAAUCAUCAUGAUGUGUAUAGGUCGUAAUGUUAAUGUAGUAUAAGGUUUCACUUGAAGACCAUUCAACAAGCCAUAAUGAUGGCCCAGAUAUUAAUUUAGAAAAUGUAUAUUUGAGAUUUCACCACUUUUUUUGUAAAGAUCUUUAAAAAUACCCUUAAGAUGCUCUGUUUUUAGGGUGUGAUGAAGAGUUUAAGGAGGAAGGAAGGCUUCGGAGCUCCUGCACUUUUUGUAAAAAAAAAAAAAAAAAUACUUUUAAAUCCAGCCCUAUGUAAAAAUCAUUUUUUUUGUACACAAGUUAUCACCUCAAUUGUUAUGUCCGGACUAUUUUGAAAUCGUAGCACCAGCAAAACGGCUAACAUUUUGUUUUAUCUUUUAAAUCAUGUUUUUCAAUGCUGUUCUUAGUCUUGUGUGGAAUCUCUUAUGUACCAGUCUGAAAGUUUGGCCGAUAAGACUCUGUUGUCAUUGAUCAUCUUGGACGGUCACUCCUGUUGUACUCGGUGUUACUCAAUGGUGUCCUUGAUCAUAAAUACAUUUUUAUACAAUUAAUGAAAAUGAA